AAUGAAGAAUAAAAAUAAAUAACCACUGUUCCACAUAUUAAUUUCAUAAACUCAACUAAACGCCUACAGUUACCAGCAAAAGUCUUACUUCGCUUUAUGGACUCUUGUCUCUGAUGGGAAUGUGUGGGGGAGAUGUUUUGAGUGGCACACAUAUACAUAUCCCUGGUUAACUGGCCAGACUAUGAUACUAACAAGAAUGUCAAGAGUGGAAAGUGUGUAAACUACGGCAAAUGCUAUGAAAUGGCAGUAGAAAAAUAUGUGCAUCGCCAUCUAGAACUUUUAAAGGAAGAAAAGGAAGCAGAAAUAGAAGAACUCCGGUCAUGGCAAGCAAACAUCCCUUUAAAGGAACUCCAGAACAGGGGAGUGUGUUUGCUGAAACUUCAUGCAGCAAGCAAAAGAACAGGAUUAUAUGGAAGAGUUCUUGUAUCAUUUCAGCCAAGAAAAUUUGUGUCAGACGCACUCUUGCCUAGUAACAAAUUUGGACCUGGUGAUAUUGCUGGACUUUAUGACUCCCAAAGUACUGACCAGUCAGAGCAGCUUGCUUCAGGAAUUGUGACGCGUAUUACCCAGAAGUCCAUUACUGUGGCAUUUGAUGAAUCCCAUGAUGGGUUAAACCUGGAUAAAGAGAUAUCCUAUACAAUACUGAAAUUAGCAAAUGAUGUUACUUACAAGAGACUCAAAAAUGCCUUGAAUGAACUGAAUAAGAACCAGUCUUUGGGUCCUGCUUCUCAUCUUAUUAGUGUGCUAUUCUACUACUCUGAGCCAAGCCCUUCACUGGAACAAAAACCGUUACAGUUUUAUAAUACAUCUCUGGAUGACUCUCAGAAAGAAGCAGUGUCAUUUUCCCUCUGUCAGCGAGAAUUGGCCAUUAUUCAUGGACCACCAGGAACUGGCAAAACCACAACUGUUGUUGAAGUAAUACUUCAGGCCAUAAAGAAAGAACAGAAGGUCCUGUGCUGUGCACCUUCCAAUGUUGCAGUUGAUAACCUUGUAGAAAGACUGGCUACAUUUAGAGUGAAGGUUCUACGUCUAGGUCAUCCAGCACGUGUGCUGGAGUCUAUACAGCGUCAUUCCCUGGAUGCAGUAUUGGCACACAGUGAUGAUAAGCAGAUCAUUGAAGAUAUCCGUAAGGACAUCGAUCAAGCAUUUGUAAAAGUAAAAAACGUACAGGGCAAAGCAGAAAAAAGCCAUUUACGAAAUGAGAUAAAGUUGCUGAGAAAGGAGUUAAAGGAGAGGGAGGAGGCUGCCAUGAGACAAAUCUUGAAAGAUGCUGAUGUUAUUCUUGCAACAACUACAGGUGCUUCUGCUGAUGGUCCAUUAAAGUUACUCUCAGAAACAUUUUUUGACCUUGUGGUAAUUGAUGAGUGUUCACAAGCCCUAGAAGCAAGCUGUUGGAUUCCACUGAAGAAAGCUCCAAAAUGUGUUCUGGCAGGAGAUCACAAACAGUUGCCACCCACAAUAAUUUCUCACAAGGCUGCAGCUGAAGGUCUUUCUUUAACUUUAAUGGAGCGUCUGAUUCAAAAGUAUGGCGAGAGAGUGGUGAAGAUGCUUACUGUUCAGUACAGAAUGCACCUAUCUAUAAUGAACUGGGCCUCAAAACAAAUGUAUGAGGGGCGUUUGUCAGCAGAUCCAUCUGUUGCAGAUCACUUGCUGAGGGAUUUGCCUGAGGUCUCAUCAACGGAAGACACUGAAAUUCCUUUGUUGCUGAUUGACACAUCAGAAUGUGGUCUUUUUGAACUUGAUGUGGAAGAUGAGCAGUCCAAGGGAAAUGAAGGUGAGGUUGAGCUCGUUGUCAAACACAUACAGGCUUUAACUGAAGCAGGCGUGAAAGCAAAAGAUAUAGCUGUGAUUGCACCUUAUGUCCUACAGGUUGACAUGCUGAGACAGCAGCUCUGUCACAUACACCCUGAACUGGAAAUUAAAUCAGUGGAUGGCUUUCAGGGAAGAGAAAAGGAAGCAGUGGUGCUUUCAUUAGUGCGAUCAAAUAGGAAAGGUGAAGUUGGAUUUUUAUCCGAAGACCGGAGGAUAAAUGUUGCUGUAACACGUGCUCGUCGUCAUUUAGCAGUGAUCUGUGAUUCUCGGACUGUUGGCAACCAUCCAUUCUUAAAGUCCCUGAUGGAUUAUAUAGCUGAACAUGGGGAAGUACGGACAGCCUUUGAGUAUUUGGAAGAUCUUAUACCACAGAAUUACUCCCAUGAGGCCUCGCACUCAAGCACCCAAGUUCAAGAAAAGACAACUAAAGCAAGUGCAAAGCAGAGAGACAAAAAGCAGCCGGAAAAACAAAAGUGUAAUAAUAUUCAAGAUAAAAACAAACAAGCCCUUGAUAAAUCUAGUGGUUUGAAGAUGGCUUCUGUCAGUAACUUAGGUAAUGCUCUAGUCUGUUUUAAUGAGGACUCUGCACAAACUGGGGCAGAAGACAUUGCUUGUCAUCUGAAGGCAAAAAUUAUGAAAUUUAUGGCAGAUGAUAAGAAAAUGUGUUUGAGCUUUCCUUCUUCAUUAAAUUCUCAUGAUAGACUGCUUAUUCAUCAGAUAGCAGAGGAGUACGGUCUUCAACACGAAAGUGUAGGAGAAGGAAAGGAACGAUAUAUUACUGUUAGCAAAAACAGUCUUCCAAAAACCCAGGUUGGACCUGUUGUUGGUAGUGAACCAGAACAGCCAGCACUGCCAUGCAGCAGCACUGAGAAAGAUACCAAAACUGAAUCAACUAAAGAACAUCAAAUCCAUGAGAGUUUAAAUCAGGCAAUAGAUCUGAAAUCUUUGCACAUGGAAAGGAAGCAGAGAGAAAGAGCUAAACAAGAAAAGACUAAAGAAAUCAAGGAAACCUCUGGCAUUUUGACACAUCAGUUAAAGAAAAAAACAAAGCACGAACAAAAGGGGUCUGGAGAUGCUGAAUUGACUAAUGAAGACUUUGAUGCACUGAUUGCCUCUGUGGUGAAAGCUGACAGAACCUGCUCAUUUUUGAAGUGCAAAGCCAGCGUUGUGACCUUAGGCCAACUAUGCAUGUAUUGCAACAAGACAUACUGCCUUAAACAUCAUAUUCCAGAGGUGCAUGGCUGUGGAGAUAAAGCAAAAUCUCAUGCCCGUAUGAGAAUUAGCAAGGAAGGUGUUUUAUAUGCAGGCAGUGGAUUUAAAGACAAUACACUUGACCCAACUAAAAAGGCUCACUUACAAAGAAAAUUAGACAAAAGGCUAAACGACCUUGCAUCCCAAAGGAAAAGUAAAAGAAAUGACAAAGAAAAAUAGUGUUUUUUUUUUCAGUCAAUUAAAAAAAAUGUUAAUUUAUAACAGAACAAGAACAGUUGGUUAAAAAAUGUCUUUCCUCAUUGACAUGUUACCAGUGAAAAGUAAAAGAUGUAGAAAAGUCCAAGAACCACUUAAAGAAUACAAAAAGUUUAGUGACUGUUCUAUGUAUCUAUGUAUGUUGCCUACAUGACACAAACUGCAGAAAUAUUUUUUAUUAAUUUUCUAUUGUCUUCAGGUCAUAGCUAUGAGAGUUCAAGCUAUUAGAUGCUAGGACUCAACAGAAUAUUUUUUCAUGUUUAUGUUUCCUUUCAUGUAUGAAUUAUGUAUUAAAUUAAAAAUUCAGUCCUGUCACCAUUGCUUAA